UGCCGCAAGUUCACCAAGUACCUCUCGCUGCGCGUGGUGGCCGUCUACGGCGGCACUCCGAUCUCCGAGCAGAUUGGCGACCUGAAGCCGGGCGCGGAGAUUGUCGUCUGCACGCCGGGCCGCAUGAUCGACAUGCUGGCGGCCAACUCGGGCCGAGUGACCAACCUCCGCCGCUGCACCUACGUCGUCCUCGAUGAGGCCGACCGCAUGUUCGACAUGGGCUUUGAGCCGCAGGUGAUGCGCAUCAUCGAUGGGAUCCGCCCCGACCGGCAGACGGUCAUGUUCAGCGCCACCUUUCCGCGAAUCAUGGAGGCGCUCGCGCGGCGCAUCCUCGACAAACCGAUCGAGGUGCAGGUGGGCGGGCGGUCGGUGGUGGCGAAGGAGGUGGAGCAGAAUGUGGUGAUCAUCAAGGAGGACGACAAGUUCCUCAAGCUGCUGGAAGUGCUGGGCAAGUACGCGACUGCGGGCAGCGCCAUCGUCUUCGUCGACAAGCAGGAGCAUGCGGAUAUGCUGCUGAAGGAGCUGAUGCACGCCUCCUACACGGUGCUGGCGCUGCACGGCGGCAUCGACCAGAAUGACCGCGACUCGACCAUCAGCGACUUCAAGAACGGCAAGGUCAACGUCCUGGUGGCCACCUCGGUGGCCGCCCGCGGUCUGGACGUGAAGCACACCAUUGUGGUGGUGAACUACGACUGUCCCAAUCACUACGAGGACUACGUGCACCGGUGUGGGCGGACAGGACGGGCCGGGAACAAGGGCCACGCCUACACCUUCAUCACGCCGGAGCAGGGCCGCUACGCGCAGGACCUGAUCAAGGCGCACGAGCAGAGCGGCAUACCGGUGCCCACAGAGCUGCAGAAGCUCUUUGAUGACUACAAGGUGGAGCAGGAGGCGAUGGGGAAGAAGGUCAAGUCCAGUUCCGGCUUCAGCGGCAAGGGCUUCAAGUUUGACGAGGCAGAGGCGCAGCAGGCGAUUGAGAAGAAGCGCAUUCAGAAGGCCGCUCUGGGACUGAACGACUCCGAUGAUGAGGAGGUGGAGAAGACCGAUGCGGACAUUGACCAGGAGAUUGAGAAUAUGCUCGCGCCGAAGAAGAAGGCUGAGAAGGGAACUGCCACUGCGGCUGCUACAGCGGCGGCAGCUGUUGCAGCAGCCGCGGCCACUGCCGCCGCUCUCACUGCAGCAGGGCCUUCGACGCCGACCGUCACUCCUUCGGCCUCGGUGGCGGCUGCUGUAGCGGCUGCGGCGGCCGCAGCAGCAAGCAUCAACGCCAGCCUGGCUGCUGCCUCUUCAGCUUCAGGAGCCGGAGCUUCCAUCAGCACAGCCCUUCCUGUUUCAAACGCUCAGCCUGAGCGCUCCAUCGCCGAGAAGAUGGAGCUGGCGAAGCAGAUGGCCUCUAAGAUUGCCCUCUCCCUGACCAGCAACUACCCCUCCGCUACGGCGCACACCGAAGCGAUCCUCAAGGGCGACACCUACUCCCUGGGCGACAUCACCUCGGCGGUGACGGCCAAGUCGAUUGCCGAGCAGCGGGCGGAGCGGCUGCACGCCAAACUGAACUACAUUCCCCGCGACAGCGGCUCCGGCCUCGGCGGCAGCAGCAGCUCGAACGUCUCUCAGCGCAUCGAACAGGAGCUGGAGAUCAACGACUUUCCGCAGCAGGCUCGGUGGCGGGUGACCAGCAAGGAGGCCAUUGCGCAGAUCAGCGAGUUCAGCGAGGCGGGCAUCACCGUCCGCGGGACGUACUAUCCGCAGGGCAAGGAGCCGCCGGCGGGCGAGCGCAAGCUCUACCUGGCCAUCGAGGCGACCAAUGAGAAGGCGGUGUCGCUGGCCAGAGCGGAGAUUGUCCGCCUCAUCAAGGAGGAGCUCCACAAGAUG